CCCGACCACGAUGCACGCCGCGCUCACGCAAUCGACGACCCUCGCCGCGACCGCGGUCGCCGCGACGCGCGCGACGACGUCGAAGACGACGCGCCGAUCGUUGGUGAUCAUGAAUAACUCCUCGGGGCCGAAGCGGGGCACGAAGUCUGCGCCGGCGCAACGCGCGGUCGGCUACAAGGGCUCCACCGAUGCCGGAUCGGCGCCGAAGACGCGAAGCGGCAAGGCUGGCUACGUCUACAAGCUCGGCUUGCGCAACGGCAAGGCGAACGUCGACGAGUACUCCCCGAUCUGGGUGCCGCAAGACUUCAAGUCCGAUGGUGAUAAGUACGAAGGUAACUUGGUGUACUGGGCGGCGACUUUGGCCGGUAUCAUCGGUACGGGCGCGCUCGCGAUUUACCUCACCUCUGCGCUCUAAGCGCGAGGCGACUUCAUCGCGGGAGCGAAUCCAAGUGAUGUUUCGAGCGACGCUCGGCGACGGCAUUAUUCGGCGUCGGACGUCGGCGAAUCAAAACUUUCACCUCCCAUUUAGAACUUUGGCGAAACGGACGAUAGAAAGCGAACGACCGCAACGAACACAACAUGUAAUCCCACACAACGCGUGGAUCUU